GCGCUUCUUUUUGGGCUGUGCAAACAAACAGCUUUGCAACAGCUUCUGGCAUGAGUUGUGCAACAUGCCAUCUCCCCUCACAGCGGCUGCUUCCACUCUCACUACCAUGGCUUUUGAACCACUCCUUCUGAAUGACGGGAACAAGAUUCCCACUAUUGGUUUUGGAACAGGAUCCAAAUGGAAAUGGCGCGACGUUACUCGAUACGUUGAACAGGCAAUCGAAGUCGGCUUCUGGCAUAUCGAUACGGCGGAUUUUUACGAAACCGAAACAUACGUCGGCAAAGCUAUCAAAGAGAGUGGGUUAGCAAGGGAUGAGGUUUUCGUGACGACCAAAUUUCUUUACAUCCACAAGAAUGCUGGAGUUCAGGAAAGCAUUCGACAGAGUCUCAGCGACCUAAACAUGAAAUAUGUUGACUUGUAUCUUAUACACAACCCGAAGUACGUACCUAACGAAGACAUUGAGACUACAUGGAGAGAAUUUGAGAAGGUGAAACAAGAUGGCCUGGCCAAGAGUAUCGGAAUCAGCAAUUCGAAUGUUGAAGAUCUCCAGAAGCUUUUGAAAACAGCCAAGAUACUUCCAGCAUUGAACCAGAUUGAGUUACACCCAUACAAUUAUCAUGAACAGAAACCCAUCAUCGAGUUUUGUGCCUCGCGCAAUAUCGCAAUUGAAGCUUACAGUACCUUGACGUGCACUAUUUCCCGUUAUGCGAUAUGCUCGUCCGCACAGGCUCACACCCUCCUUACAGGCCCAUUACACAAUAUCCUGGUGGACCUGUCGACAAACCGCUGGCAAAAGCAGCCAAAAGACUAGGAGUUACACCUACACAAGUUCUUUUCCUCUGGGUGAAAGCGAAAGGCGCCAUCAUUGUCACUACGAGUUCUACUCGAGCACAUCUUGAAGAAUAUAUCGCGGUCGGUGACUUGCCGCCUCUGACGGCGGAUGAAAUUGCUGCCAUCGACAAGGCAGGUGCUAGUGGCCCACCAAAGUAUAGGUUUCUGUCGCAACGCUUCGGGAAGGGAGAUAUGGUCGUGGCGAUACUGUUCUGGAUACUCGUUGUGUGUUGGUGGUUGUGUACGUGACGGAGCGUUUUGUAUCUGAAUUGUACUCUCUUUCUCUAUGCAAAAGUUGACUAACGGUGUGCGGCAAGACCACCU